AGCGGCGGAUAAGAAAGAGGAGGAGCAGAAAACAAUCGUCGCAGCUCGGCUCCGAUCGUUAUCACGCAAGCCACACGCACAGCCACACAGCUACCGCACAGCCACUGGUUUCUUUAUUUACUCGGCAACGCGUUAACUUCUGCUUCUGCUGUUGACGCGUCUUCUUCUUCUCUUCUUCUCUUAUUCUAUUCUGGUUUGCUGAGAGCAAGAGGCACAAUGGCGCAGGAAAUAACACUCUACCCCGAUACAAGCAAAAUAUCUCACUUCCAUCUCCUGCAGCUCACCCCCGACAUCCAGCAACUCCUCGACUCCCCCGAUGAGACCUCACACCUCACGAUAAAGUCCGCAGGCCCGACAUCCCCCAUCUUUCUCUGCUCCUACUCAAAAACAUUUCGCAUACGACAAAUCUCCCAAUCCAACACGAUCCUCAUGGUCUCCGCCUCCCGCUCAAAGAACUACACCGACGACCAAGAUACCCAAAUGGACGAUAUCGCAGAGCAAGACGGCGAGGAAGAAGUUGAAGCUGAAGCCCCGGUGGGAUAUUUGAGUCAACUCCCCGGCUCGAUCUUGGAAUGCACGUCUUCAUCACCACAGGUCGAUCUCUCCUUCGUACCCCUCUACAACGGCGCCGACGCCCUCUCCACCACCUCCUCCUCCUCCUCCUCCUCCACCUCUCUGCACCUCAACGAGAUAAAAUCGCAAAUUCCAGUCUCAGACUACGAAUUUGCCAACGAAUGGGCCGCCGCGCUUGGCGUCGAACUGCCUCACGGCGGGGCAUUCCGACUCUCGCGCGACUUUGUGCAGCAAUUCCUUCCCGUCUUCGUCGCGGCCGUCAGCGCGGACAGAUUGGAUUUGGAAAGACUGGAGGUCGCGCGGGUGUUUGAGGCGGUUAAGGAGGAGGAUGAGCCGGUUGCUGUUGUUGAGGCUUUGUUGAGGCGGUUUUCGAGGACACGAGAGGAGCCGUAUUGCGUUGAUAGAGAGGGGAUUGCGCGAUGGUUUGGAAUACAAACGUUAUCAGACCAUGCAUACAAAGAGACCAAACUCGGAGACUUUCUCUCAACCUGGCACGCCUCCCUCCCUCAACCGCUCGACUACCCCCCCUGCUCCCUCUCCCUGCUCACGGGCCACUACGUGCAGCCCACGCCCAAAACAAUCCGCUACCUGCCCUGCGACCGGCUCCCGCUCGAGCCCGCGGCGAGAUUCGAGAGGUUGUUUGCUGCGAAGGGCGCGUGGGCGGUUGAGGAGAUUAUGCCGUUUGUGGAGGGGAUCGAGCGCGAUAAGGCGAGGGUGAAUGCGCUGUUUAUGAAGUUUGCGAGGAAGAAGAGCGUCGCGGGCAAGACCGUGAUUACGAAGCGCGGUACAUGAAUCUCUAUACAAAUAUAAGAAGAUAGU